CCACUGACCACUGAACAUGGCUACCGCUCACAUCACCCCCGGCUUCACGCUCCCCGCCACGUUCCCCGUCAUGGGCGUGGGCGUUGUUGCGCUGCUGUUUUUGAAUGUCUUCCAGCUCCAGAACGUCGUCAAGGCCCGCAAGGCCGCCGGGGUCAAGUACCCGGCGCUGUACGCGUCCGAGGAGGAGGCGCGCGCCGACCCCAAGAAGAAGCUCUUCAACUGCGCGCAGCGCGCGCACGCCAACACGCUCGAGUACCUCCCCACCGUGCUCUCGCUCUUCGCCUUCCUCGGCUGCUUCCACCCCAAGCUCGCGACCGGCAGCAUCCUCGCGUGGACCCUCAGCCGCUUCAGCUACACCAUCGGGUACUCGUCCGGCGACCCCGCGAAGCGCAACGCCGGCCUUGGCCGUCUCGGCCUCCCUGCGCUUUGUGGCCUCAUCUUCCCGACGAUGUAUGUUGUUGGCGUCGAGGUGUACCGUCUCUUCCUUGCGUAGAUAAGAGAGUGAAUGCAGUUUCAUUCAGCUGCG